CGUCCAUUCAAAGGAAAGCAAUCCGUAACAACUUCUACAUUAUUGAACUACAAAUUCUUGAACUACAAUCUUGAGUCCCCUCCUUGACAAGGCCACCACUGCUUCAUAAUGCUGCUUGACGAAGAGCCUGCAACACUCAUCCAAGGAUGCAUUCAAAAUUUCAACAUUGCGCCGGACAGGUCAAGCCUCACUCGAAUCUCGACGUCACUUUCAGCACUAUCAGCAACCCGACAAGUUCGCCUGCAGUCAUUACAGUCGGAUCUUUCGCAUCUUUCUCGACACCUUUCAAAGCUGAGCAGCCAACAUCAACUGACGGUCUCCUCACACAACCCGAGUGAAUAUUCUGCCGAGAUUUUGCGGCUUGAUGCCGAAAAGUUUCGCGUCGCAAAGCAAGCCAACGACCUAGAAAUUGAAAGCGAACGAUUGGAACUAGAACUCGAGAACCUGAAAAGCCAAUUGAACGACCUCGAUGCGCAAGGGAUCGAAGGCGGGGCGGAGGCGAUGAGACCAAGAGACGAGACAGAGGAUGAAACGGUGCUCAAACUCAAAGUGUACCGUUCUCUUGGGAUCGAUGCCGAACCUGACACAGCGACCGGUCAAUACAACAAAGCAGUGAUCAGGAACACGGCGAAAGGUGAUGUUCAUGUUGUGAACAUCGACACCAAGUUCUCAAGAUACUUCUAUGCGAACUACUUUUGGCAAACAUUAUGAGGCGUAGAUCCAAUUUAGGUCUUGACAUGAUUGAAGCUGGCCAGUUUCGAUACGAACGGCGUCUUGAAACCUAGGCCUUUUCCGGAUCAGCAUUAUUGUCUACGCAUGUUAGGGAGGGUCGCUGAAUGGAUGGGGGGGAGAAUCGUACGCAUGCGCCAUCCCCAUGGCAUCCCCUUACCUGAGGAAGAUUGCAACCAAACUGAAGAUGCUCG